AUCUACGUUUUCUCGCGGUCUCUUCACAAUUUGACUAGGGGCAACAAUGGCGGACAGGCGUCGACGUCGACCCAGCGAAAGCGAAGGAGAAGAAGGCGAGGAGGAGACGCUCUCGACGUCUCAGGCCAGCCUGGGAAGCACAGAAGACCCCUCUCAUUCCGGUGAAGACGAGAGAGAUCGCCGGUCGCCCUGUGAGAGCGAGGGAGAGCACGCCGAAGCGCUGUCUGAAUACGAGAGCGCCGAAGAGGAUAGAGAAGCGGACGAGGACUCCCAGGCUGAGCAGGGUGACAGUGACACAGAACACGAGGACACCAGAGGAGAUGAUGACACAGAAACAGAAGACACUCAAGAAACAGAAGAGACCCAAGAAACAGGAGAGACGCUGGACACCACUAAAACCACCGUCUCCACCGACGACAGUGACAAAGAUAAGAAGUUGGAGCGGCAAAGUGGUGAUGGGUCAGAAGCUCCCGACAGCGAAGACCAGGCGGAAAAUCUUGAUGAUGACGAGGAUCGUCGCAACCCCGCGUUUAUUCCCAGGAAGGGAGACUUCUUCGAACAUGAUAUUCGCGGGGAGGAAGACGAGAAACAGCCAGGCCGCCCACCUGUCAAAGGGCGCAAAAAGCUGUGGCAGGAUGAGGGAAAGUGGCAGCACGACUUGUUCAAUGAGGACGAACAGAGGCCGAAACCUGUGGAGGAGCUGAUUGCGAUAUACGGCUACGAUCCGAGGAGAGAGUCCAGUCCCGACAAUAUCCGGCCUAGAAGAGGGAGAAGGCCGCCCAGGGGAGGGGGGCGCGGCGGACGACCACCUCCACGGACGCUGAGAGACUUUGUGGAACGUCCACCUCCACCACGUCGGGGUUUUCCUCCUAGAAAUAGGACAGAUGUACAGACAAGGGACAGGGCCCACUAUACACAAGAUGUCAGGCAGUGGGCCGCAAAUGUUAACAAUUACAGAGACAAUGGACCCUUAGAUAAUGUUGUAAGUGAUGAAAAUAGAAACCAGCCUCAGGUCUCUAGGCAGAAGCCAAGUGAGGAGCGGGCUGUCACGAACGUUAUGAACAAUGUAACUACUAGUACUAAUUCUAUGCCCAAGAAUGGUGAUAAUGGUGUCACAGUACCUCCCGUGCCAGUGAAGGCUGCUGUAAGCACAGAUAGUGAGCACCAGUAUCCCGCGCCGCAGGAGAAACGGUCGUACACGCGGUACCGCCGCAGUGCACAGGGGCCCAGGACAAGUCCGCCACAGCAACAGCAGCAGCAGCAGCAUCUCCGCAAACGGAUGGAGAAUCUCUCCCUGCAACAUGGCGAGGAGACCGCAGCUCAGGAUCGAGGGCAUGCUGACGGGUCGCCGCAACAUCCCGAGGAGAGACACGGCCCUAACCGCUCCGAUCGGCCCAAACGAUAUUCCUCGCUUCGCCAGCGGCCUAUGCCAGAGCAGGUCGUGCCACCCAACAUGGUGAAAGGGGUGACCUAUUACAACCAGGGAUACCGCGGGGAGCAAUAUGCCAGAGGAAGCACUCCCCCUGUUGUUGAUGGACCGAUCCAGCCACACCCUACAGGUCCCCCUGCACCCCCUCACCAGGGAAUGAUCGUGUCUGACGUGAACCUGCCACCAGGCAUGGCCCAUCCUGCCAUGUACAACCCCACCAUGACGAUGGCGCCUCCCGUCCCCCCACAGCUCCUCCCGCCCCCCUUCUUCUCGGCGGGAGGGAUGGUGAACUAUGCAGCACCCCCCAACCCCGUGUCCUCGUACGCCCCCAUCCCCCCAGCCGGGCCCACAGCCCCCACCCCCAACGUCCCUCCAGUCUACACUUCUCCACAUCCUCCGUCAGCGCAGGUGGUACGGGGCGUGACGUACUUCAACAACCAAAUGCCGCCGCAGGUGUUGAAGCGAUCACCGGCGCGUCGUCCAAAUGCCGCCAUUCCCAUCGAGCCUCCGCCAGAUGUUCGGGGUGACCAGACUCAUAGUGAAGAGGGGGGGCAGCCAACCGAGGCUUAGCUUUACACUCCUUGGCUUCUUUGUAAAGGGAUGAGACCUUCAGUUCUCUCACUGUGUGGAAUGACUUUAUGAAUUAUACUAUGUAUUUCUAUUAUAAAAGACUGUACUAUACAAGUAUGACUUACUUGUCCCAACAGUAAUACAGACACAGAUAACAUGACAGAAGGCAAGAGCUCAAGCUAUAGAAAUGUCUGACAGUACUUUGAAAUUUUGAUUCAAUUAGCAACCAUCAAAAUACAUGUAAGUUAUAUGACAUAUCUUGCUUGUUGUAAAGAACUGGUUUGAAAGAGUUCAAUUUUGAAG